AUGACGCUCAAGACUCUGGGCCCAGAGAAGGCGGCAGAGCUCGAUAAGGAGCUCAUGAGCGAGGACGGAGGCUUCUCCAUCGAUCAGUUGAUGGAACUCGCCGGGUUGAGCUGUUCACAGGCAGUGUACAAAGUCCACCCGCCCUCCAAGGGGAAGAAUAUUCUCGUGGCCUGUGGACCUGGGAACAACGGAGGAGACGGCCUGGUCUGCGCACGCCAUCUGCACCACUACGGCUACAACCCAGAAAUCUACUACCCCAAACCCACCAACGCGCCCAUCUUCACGGGCUUGCAAAAGCAGCUCCGCCAUCUCCACAUCCCCUUCCUCACCACGACCGAGGAGUACCAGUCGUCGCUGAAAAAGGCCGACCUGGUCAUCGACGCCCUGUUCGGGUUUUCGUUCAAACCGCCGGUCCGCGCGCCCUUCGACACCGUGUUGCAGGCUAUGAUCGAGUCGAAAAAGCCCGUCUUGAGCGUCGACAUCCCUUCGUCGUGGGACGUGGCGUCCGGUCCGCCGGAACAGGGCCAGAUCGGACACGACUUCAUGCCCGACUACCUGAUCAGUCUCACGGCGGCGAAACCGAGCGUCAAGUUCUUCAAAGGGAAGAAACACUUCAUCGGCGGCCGUUUCCUGAGCAAGGAUGUCGCCGCCAAGUAUGGCCUUGAUGUACCGCACUAUCAAGGUAUCGAUCAGAUCGCAGAGGUGGACGUGGACGCCCCCGUCGAGAAGUUGUGA